CACAUGACACCCAGCAUCUCCCACCACAAACAUGGCGGCCUGCUGCGGUGACGUCAUCACCCGGCGCCCGGAGCGCUGCAUAUUGCCCUUGUUACGGGCUGUCUCGGUGCAUGCUGGGAAGGUCACAGUGUGGAGGACUCCAUGUGUUGGCGCCGGUGACAGACUGAGUGUAACGUGCAGCCCGACCCAGCCGCCGCCAUGCUCCCCGCCGCCCGGUGCUGCCUGAGACUGAGGGCCACAGCCCCCUCCAUGGGCAGGUAACCCGGACUGCUCUCCCUGCCAGCCUGGGACCCGGAGAGAAGCAGGGGCCCCUGGUAAUAUCCUGGGCCCCUAGUAAUCUCCCUGGCAGUGUGCUCCCUGGCAGUGGCCCCUAGUAAUCUCCAGUGGCAGGCUGUAAUCUCCCUGGCAGUAGCCCCCCUGGUGUCUCCCCUAGUAAUCUCCUGGCAGUGCCCCCUAGUAAUCUCCCUGGCAGUGGCCCCUUUAGUAAUCUCCUGGCAGUGUAGGCCCCUAGUAAUCACCACAGCAGUGUAGGCCCCUUAGUAUCUCCCUGGCAGUGUAGGCCCCUGUGUCUCCCCUGGCAGUGUAGGCCCCUAGUAAUCUCCCUGGCAGUGUAGGCCCCUAGUAAUCUCCCUGGCAGUGUAGGCCCCCUGAAGCUGUCUCCCUGGCAGUGUGGGCCCCUGGUAAUCUCCCUGGCAGUGUAGAGCUAGUAUCUCCUGGCAGUGUAGGCUAGUAUCUCCCUGGCAGUGUAGGCUAGCCGUCUCCCUGGCAGUGUGCCCCUAGUAAUCUCCCUGGCGUGUACUAGUAAUCUCCUGGCAGUGUGCCCCCUAGUAUCUUUCCUGGCAGUUUCCCCCUAGUAAUCUCCCUGGCAGUGUGGGCUCCCCUAGUAAUCCCCCUGGCAGUGUGGGCCCUUGGGAUUCUCACUGGCAGUGUGGGCCCUUGGGAUUCUCACUGGCAGUGUGGGCCCUUGGGAUAUAACUGGCAUUAGGCCUCUGGGCUUAUCACUGGCGGUGCAGGCGUUUAGCAAUUUCACUGUCAGGGUCCUAAACUCUAUGGAUCCUUGUUACUAUCACUGUCUCUGUGUGUGUGUGAUGGAGACAGGAGCAGCAGUGUGUGUGUGUGUGAUGGAGACAGGAGCAGCAGUGUGUGAUGGAGACAGGAGCAGCAGUGUGUGAUGGAGACAGGAGCAGCAGUGUGUGUGUGUGUGAUGGAGACAGGAGCAGCAGUGUGUGUGUGUGUGUGUGUGUGAUGGAGACAGGAGCAGCAGUGUGUGAUGGAGACAGGAGCAGCAGCAGUGUGUGUGAUGGAGACAGGAGCAGCAGUGUGUGUGUGUGUGUGCGAUGGAGACAGGAGCCGCAGUGUGUGCGAUGGAGACAGAGUGGCAGUGUGUGUGUGUGCCAUGGAGACAGUGGUUGCAGCCAUGAGACAGGAGCAGCAGUGUAUGCGCCAUGGCGCUGGUGGAGCAGCAGGUGCCGAUGGAGACAGGAGCAGCAGGUGGGUAAGCGAUGGACAGAGCAGCAGUGUGUGUGUGCGAUGGAGACAGGAGCAGCAGUGUGUGUGUGUGCGAUGGAGACAGGAGCAGCAGUGUGUGCUGGCGGGAGACAGGAGUCGCAGUGCAAAGGAGGAGACAGGUCAGCAGUGCAGCGAUGGAGACAGGAGCCGCAGUGUGUGCGAUGGAGACAGGAGCCGCAGUGUGUGCGAUGGAGACAGGAGCCGCAGUGUGUGCGAUGGAGACAGGAGCCGCAGGGUGUGCGAUGGAGACAGGAGCCGCAGUGUGUGCGAUGGAGACAGGAGCCGCAGUGUGUGCGAUGGAGACAGGAGCCGCAGUGUGUGCGAUGGAGACAGGAGCCGCAGUGUGUGCGAUGGAGACAGGAGCCGCAGUGUGUGCGAUGGAGACAGGAGCCGCAGUGUGUGCGAUGGAGACAGGAGCCGCAGUGUGUGCGAUGGAGACAGGAGCCGCAGUGUGUGCGAUGGAGACAGGAGCCGCAGUGUGUGCGAUGGAGACAGGAGCCGCAGUGUGUGCGAUGGAGACAGGAGCCGCAGUGUGUGCGAUGGAGACAGGAGCCGCAGUGUGUGCGAUGGAGACAGGAGCAGCAGUGUGUGCGAUGGAGACAGGAGCAGCAGUGUGUGCGAUGGAGACAGGAGCAGCAGUGUGUGCGAUGGAGACAGGAGCAGCAGUGUGUGCGAUGGAGACAGGAGCAGUAGUGUGUGUGUGUGACGGAGACGGGAGCAGCAGUAGCAGUGUGUGUGUGUGUGUGACGGAGACGGGAGCAGCAGUGUGUGUGUGUGUGUGUGUGACGGAGACGGGAGCAGCAGUGUGUGUGUGUGACGGAGACGGGAGCAGCAGUGUGUGUGUGUGACGGAGACGGGGGCCGCAGUCUGUGUGACGGAGACGGGGGCCGCAGUCUGUGUGACGGAGACGGGGGCCGCAGUCUGUGUGACGGAGACGGGGGCUAUGCUUAACAAGUUUAGAUAUUGUACCUAUUGUAACCAUUGUUGGUUAGUGCCUUGGCUGUAUAUCUUUUGGAAGUAAUAUUGUAAAGACAUAAACUGUGAAAAAAUUCACGUUUUGGUGUGUAAAUUAAAAAGAUUUACAACUCCUAAAGCCUCGUUUUUUAAAUUAUGUACAAAGCACCAAAUUCUGAAGUUUUCAAGCAGCUUGAAAACAGGUGAUGAUCUGGUGUUAAAUAAGGAGCAAUGGAUUUGGAAACCAACCAACUCUGCCAUGUUGGAAUGGGGUGUAGAACGUACCAACUGGCGCUGUCCUCUUCUGAUAUCAUAAUCGCAUAGUAGGCCCAAAGUAAAUGACAUGAUGAAGUGCAUCCUGUGGGUGGUACCGGCCGUUUGGAGGCUGCAUGUUGAUCUCGUAGAUGUAAAUAUCACCCAUGCUUUGCUUUGACUUGUAUGAUUUUAUAGCCCCCUCUAAUGUAGCAGGUUACAGGAAAGGUGCUGUACUCUGACAAUGCCUUUAUCUUAUUUUCACAGGUUAGAGAUGUCUGUAGUGCGAUUACUCAGGACCUCCAGCAAUCUGAGGAACGAGGCAGUGGCAGCCCCAUCCCUAGACAAUGGCGCUAAGGAGUACCCUCCAAAAAUAGAGCAACUGGUUGAUCAGAUUGCUGGUCUCACUCUGCUGGAGGUCUCCGACCUCAAUGAGUUGCUCAAGGUAAGUACAAUGGGAAUGGGGGCAGCAAUGUAUAUCCAAUCACAAUAUUAGCACUGUAGCGGAGAUCCAAUAUUCCACAGAUUAUCUCCGCUUAAGAUCCCAGUGAGGCUCAGGAACAAGUAAUUAUAAAUCCAUAAAGCAAGGUUUCCAGCAGGUAAAAUGAUCCAACAGCAAUCCCAAUAACUGGACGACACACAGCAUCAGGAGCAGAACAGAAAACCUUUAUUUCACAGUGGCCUUAUAAAGCAUGCUCCCAUGCAAGGGAGGGAUUUUCAUUAAUUACUACAGUACCCAAUUCAGCAAUAGUAACCUCCCACACAUCUCCUCCCCUCAGCCUGACUCAUAAUCCCCUUAUACUGUACACAAAUUCCCCCAGUUUCUGGAUGUACCCCUUUAAAUGGCUUAUCCCCUGGUAGCCCUGAUCUGGGUGGCAACCUAUCCAAAAAUCACCCAAAUCGGACCAGGGGUUCAGGAAAUUUAUGGAGGUACAGUAUAAGGGAAUAAAUUACACGAAACGCUAAGGCUACAGAGAUCAGGUAGGGUUCGCAUGAAUCCCCUCGUUCGGUUGUUUCUGUCUACCGAACGAGGGGCCGUUCGGUAGUUUGGAACCGAACGGACCGGGCUUGUGGAGGUCUCAGCUGUGUUCGCCUAGUCGUGUGUCCGAUUUGGGUUCCAGACACUCAACAGCAAAACACCGCUGUUCGGGAGUUUUAAAAUGGCCACCACCACGUGUUCGUUUCCCGAAUGGCGGCCACCCCGAGAACAAAGGACCUACUGCAUAGCUUGUUAAUUACCCAUUUGCAACAUUGUUGCAACGGGUAAUUGAAGGCACACUUCACACAGGGGAGGUCUGAUUGUUCGGUAGUUUCAUUCCCUUAGUUUAUUCGAAUGAUUCUACCGAACAAUCAGACGAAUACACUUUAUUUAAACACAUAAGAAAACAGCAGUUUACCCGAAUACAGUUAUACACAUGCAAUUUUCAGGACAGCCCAGUGCCAUCCGCUACAAGCACCAUAACCACAGUGUCUCAUUUUAGUGUAUAUAAUAGGCUAUGGGUGUCAUUCUUUGUGAAGCUGUUUUCAAGUGGCUUGGGCACCCAGGAACCCUUAGUUUUAGUCAAAGUCCUGCCAUCAUCAAAGCUCUCCCCAUGAUAGCAGUGAGAGAGAGGAAGAGCCCCCAGGCUGUCGCUACAACCACCACCACUGUUAUCAUUUGGCAGCUUUUAACGCUGAACUGGUUAGCUGCAAAUAGGCAAUUAUUCUGAAAUGAUGGGAAGCUGUAAAGUCUGCACAUGUUUCCUAGUAUCGCCCUAGGAUCUCUACAGCUUGAGAAAUACUAGGGUGAUAAGCUUUAACCAAGGCGGCCAGCAUCAUAUCCUGCUGGGCAUCAGUGAUGUGAUAAUAGCCAUGCAGUAUGUGUAUUUACUAACAUACUCCAGCCUGCCAGAUGCCUUACAUUGUAUCUGCUUUUAUUUUCCUUUCUAAUUUCCUGCUUACAAUUUAUCUUUGUUUGUCCAACUGUGAUGAUGUGCCGUCAUUUCAUCUGCAAACCUUGGUAACAAAUAUAACCUUAAAUGCCUCCUACCACCCCACCUCCAUUCCCCCCAAUACAUCUAGAACUUGUGUCUUAAAACUCAAUCUAUAGAGAAAGGGGAGUGAGCGCCCAUCAACUCAUUUCAAGAAGUGGCUCAUGGGCCACUGUCCCACUGCAACCAGGAUUAACUUCAAAUAACCAUGUAUGGUCCUACAGUUCUGUAAAAGCUGCGACUAAGAGUCUCUUAUUAUAAAGUUCCGCUCUUUGUUAAACCAGAACAUCGAUAUCACACACACCUUUCGCACGUCUAUUUGUUUAUGAUAAGAUUCCAUCUUUUUGUAUCCUAUGGAAAAUCUCAACUAUAAGAUGGAUCUAAAAAAUGAUUAAUUGUUUUUACAUUUACUGUGUCCUGACACUAGAGCUCCCCUUUAAAGUGAUACUCAAAUCAUCACAACCACCACAGCCCGCCGUUGGAUAAUUAAACCAGAAGUACUCUGUGUAAGGAAACCUAGUAUAUCCAAUCCUCAUUCGGUAGUUUCCUCCCGAACCGCCAGAGCAUUAGUGAUUAUAGCUCUCCGUUCGGUAGAUGAAAUAAAUGAAAUCCAUACAAACACAAUAGCUUUACAAGAUGAUUCCCUUAAUAAAGCAUACGAAUCCCCAAACAUCAACCAAAGUCAAGAAGAAGGGUAAAACAGAAUUGGCUUUUAAUGGCCACACACUGGCUUUUAUGCAAGUCCCCAUGCAAGGGGCCAUCCUACAGGGUGGGACACAGUACAACCAAUCAUUUACAGGGAAAACGUAAAACACUCCCAGCACAAACAUACAAUACUCUCCCCUAGUCCUGGAGAUAAUCAAGUCUGAUAAAGUAAUAACUUGAUUAUCUCUAGGCAGAAAAAUUGAAAUUUUUCCCCAAUAUUCAGAACACCCCUUUAGGCAUGUGGUAUCCCCACAAACAAUAUGUUCCCUGAUAGCCCCGAUCUGGGUGACCAACAUAUUCAAAUUUCACUCAGAUCGGUUCAGGGGUUCUCAAAAAGUAUGUAAGUCUUUUGUGACCGGCUAACCGCGAGGUGGCUGCCCAAAAUAGUUCCAGGAGUUUGGGUAGUUUUGCCGGUCUAUUCAGUUAAGUGGCAAAAACCGAAUAAUUCCACGAAUGGAUUCCCCUGGCUCUUAGCGAUUGUUCCCCCUCAUUCGAAUGCACAAAAGUACCGAACAGCGCUCUUCUAGCUGUUCGGGAAAUAAAGAUCCAGCGUUCGCUUGUUGAGACCGGUGUUCGGGAAGUCGAGUGUCCGAUUUUAGUUCCAGACACUCGACGACCAAGUCCCGCUGCCUUUGUUCGCAUGAAAAAAGAUGGCCGCUGUUUUCUCAGCUACAUGACGUUCGGUAGUGCGAACGCCGGCCGCACAGAUAGAGGGUUCAAUUGAGGCCUUCUUUGAAGUUUAACGAGCCAGGGGGGUGGUCUCUGUUCGGUAGUUACAUCUACCGAAUGAAUAGGGAAGAAAUAUUGCACAUAAAAGAGGGAUUUCUUCACACUCUGGCUCCAUUACCCGGUAAUGGGGAAAACAGUUUGCAAAGGUUUGUCCUUUUACCUGGGUCCCACUGGGCACAGAGGGUCCUCGUCUGCUGACUGUGAUGACAUCUGACUUCUGCAGAACCCAGAGGCUGUCUAUGUCAAAAUUUUUAUAAAAUACCACAUCUUUUUUUCGAGAGGUUCUGUUAUUAAAAAUAGCCACUAGAUGGAGACAUAAUCACAGGUAUGGGUAUUUCUUGGGUAUAUAAGCUAAAAGGACCCAAUGCCCCAUAAACAGUAUUGUAUAUUGCGGUGGUUAUGGUGCAGGGUGUGUUUGGGAGCCAUCUGUUUUUUUAAUUUUAAAGUAAUCUAACUUUUGUCAUGCAGCUUGAGCGUUUUCACGAACACUAGGGCUCUCCAGCACCAAAUGCCCGUCCUUUCUGCAGUCGCUUUGAUUAUAUGAAUCCUAUACUUUCACAUUACCCGUCCAUGACCAUCCAGCUUUAAACCAGCUGUCACAGUCUAUUAUUGCGAUCCAAAUUUGGACGGAUAAAGAAAUUAAAUUCCUCCUUAUCUAUGCAGCAGAUGGCCUGAACUUCUGUACCAAGAAAUCCUCAUUGUGUUUGUCAAAGUGCUGCUUUUUGACGGAUGAACUGAAUCCAAAGACUCCUUCCACUAUAACCACCAUUGCUGUAAGGCGCCAGCAUGCUGCGUGUGCUGUUGUCGGUCGCCAAUUUUGCGCAGAAUUGAUAUUAGCCGGUCCGCAAAUCUUGUUCUGGAAUGGUUAAUGAUACUGGUGGAGUUAAUCUCAGUUUCACAGCUACACUCUGCACAGACAGACUCCAGGCACCAUGACCACUUCAAAUCAAUGGCAUGGUAAUGGUGUUUGGAGUAACUUUUUAAACUGUAUAAGCACCAUAACCACUGUAGCCCUUAUUAGAUGUUUGUUUUAUUUAUUUUUUAUGUUUUCUUGUAGCAAAGGAAUGUCUGGGCAAAUGUUUGGUAUGUCAGAUUUCCAACAUUGUUGACAUUUCCAUUUUAAAACAUGUUUUAAUACGGCAAAGUAAAAAAAAGAAACCAGCUAUAAUAGUGUGGCGUUUGAUCUCUUUUUUAUAAUUACAGUUGUAAAAUUCAUUCCAAAAUAUUCAGCAACUAGGCUGUGGUCACAUCGUGGCUUUGUUAGCCUGAAUUUAACAGAUUGAUUUAAGUCUAUUUACUGUGUAGUGAGUAAAUGUUGUGAAAUGCCUAGCUGGGUUUACACAGUGUUCUGAACGAUUUCCUUCUUCCUAGAAAAAGCUGAAGAUUCCGGAUGUUGGGAUGAUGCCAAUGGGAGCUGUGAUGCCAGGAGUUGGUGCAGCACCUGUCCAGGUAAAGGAGCAGAACAUCAGGUUUGGGAGGUGGUGGGUUUUUAGAACGUUGCUAACUCUGUUUAUCUGCCCCUGGAAUCAUUUUAGGCUGUAGAAGAAGAAGAGGCGCCUGUGAAGCAGGAGAAGAGCCAUUUCACAGUAAAACUGACUGAGGUCAACGCUGUGGAAAAAGUAAAACUGAUUAAGGAAGUAAAGAACUGCAUGCAGGGUCUAAACCUGGUGCAGGUAAGGGGCUGCACACCUGUUAUUUGGGGGAGCGGAGCAGGCACACUAUAUUACUCUUCAAUACACCACACACAUCUGUGGCACUAAAAUGGUUCAUAAUGCCUGCACUCUAUAUCGUUGUAUUCAUGUAUUAGUUAAUAUACGUACACUCCCACAAUACAAUGUGUGUGAUACUUUGUAUUCUAUCUUUCUAUCACAAUAUAUAGAGCAGUGCUUUUUGUAGGGUCUCACCAAACUAGGAUGGGGAGCUGGAAUGGGGCCCAGGAAUAAAGCAUCCCUGGUAGAGGUGAAUUGACAUCCUGUUCUCCCCAUGCAAUUUGCUGAUUGUGUGUUUUGCUUAACAGGCUAAGAAAUUGGUGGAGUCUCUACCUCAGGAAAUCAAGGCAAACGUUUCCAAAGAAGAAGCAGAGAAGAUUAAGGCUGCGUUGGAAGCUGCGGGGGGGAAAGUUGUGCUGGAGUAAAGGCCUUGGACUUUUUAUGACUGUUUAUUUGUACAGGUCUCUAAUUGCAGUCCUACUGCCUUCAAUUUCAUGGGAACUUGUCCAAUGCCACCUUUACUUAUGGAGUUCUCUUCCUGGCAAGCUGCAGGAGCAUGCACUCUCUUGGACUGGCCUCAGCUGAGGUCCUGAGAGAGAUGCAAAUUGUAUUGUCUGUCUCAUUGGCUCCCCCUCCUGGGAAGGGUGUGGUAUGGCUACCACAGGUCAUUCUCUCACUGGACCUUAGCCUUUGGCGCACUUCACUUUAUCAUUUUUGUUUAAUGUCUCAUUAUCUAAUCUUGUUUUAUACAUUAAACUCUUACCUGAGGCUGCUCCUUUUUCUUCUGUUUCAUUCACCUACUCUUACUUGACCAUAAGUAAUCUGCUUUUUCUUGUCCUUAAAGGAAGCUGUCUUCUCUCUCUCCCCACUAUGUUCUUUUUUUAUUGCGUUUCUCUCCCUGUUGGCAUUCAGUGGGUUAAAGGGAUGCCCCAAUGAGGAUUUGGGUCAUGAAUUAAAAUUGGGAAUAAAGUUAACUGGUGCUCAUAUAACUCUUUCCUGCAGCAAAUCCCAAAGUGUCUGACACACCUACAGUAAAAUCUGCUCAAUGCAGGAGCUGGCUAAUAUAUCUUAGGAACAUAUUCUAGGAACAUAUUUGUAUUCCUGGCACUGCAGGUUCACGCAGUGCCCCUCUCCCUCCC